UCAUGUUGAGUUUCUUGUCAACCAACACCCCCAAGUCCUUCUCCACAGGGCUGCUCUCGAUCCACUCAUAUGAAAGUAAAAUAGCCAAGUGAGCUUCCAUUUUAGUUUUGUCCUGAAAGAGGCUUUUCCUAAGACUAAAAGGCCAUUCAUGUUGUUUUGGGGGACUUCCCUGAGAUUUUUAAGUAAGGUACCAAUUGUAAAGAACUGCUCACAAGACAGAGUCAUUCUCUAAGCCUUCAGGUGAGGCUCCUUUCAAACCACUGACAUGGUGGAAAGCUUCUUGUAUCACAUUCUUAAACCCUGGGUAAUUGGAUUGCUUAACAGACUGUCUGGUAAUCUCAUACAUAGCAUUUAACCACAUAGUAAGGCAGGGAACUAAUCUCUGCUAUGGUACAUUUGACCCAGCUUUUGACCUUUGUCAUCUUCAAUAAUAAAUAUGCUCAGGCUGUACCUUUCUGUACAUUCUGAAUACAGGAGAUGUGCAGUCAAGAUAGGAGGCUGUAUUAAAUCCUAUGUGUUGCCAGCUUUGUCAGCUGAUGAAACCACUGUGUGCCUGGAAAUAAGGCCAGAAUAGUGGAAGCUUUACACAAAAGCCAUUAUGGAUGGAGCUUCUCUGCUUCGCUGGAGCAUGGAUGGCUAUCGGAAUUGUGAGCUGCUGUGCUUGCUCUCCCUGGCUUGUUAAAUUUACAAGCACUGUGUGACACAAACUUGGAGAGGUGUCAGUGGAAAGAAAUGUGCAAAAUAAGACACCCUGAACACAGAGCAGAAGAGCAAGAAGGUUGGGCUAAUAAGAAUGAGCAGUGAUGAAUGGUACAUUUUUCAAAGCAGAUCUUACAUACUUAGUGCCUGUUUUAUAGACAUCUUUGUGUUAUAGGUGUGUGUGUAUAUGAUGUUGAAGGUUGGCUGAAUGUCAGCUUUGGAUAAUAUAAAAGUGUACCAGCAUAACAGAGGGCAUCAGACAUGUUCUGCUGACUUAGUCUCAGCAUUUAGUGACAUGAUCAAACUAUGCUAGAAAGCCAGAAGAAAGUAGCCCCUGUUCAGCUGAUGGAUUGCCAGACUCACAGACCUGCGUGCAUCUGAAGUGAAUGCACGAGCCAGGGCUUUGACUUAGAGAUGUACAACACAAUCGGGCAUAUGAGGGCUUACACAGACACAAAGGCAUGUGGUUUUGUCCACGUGUUUUGCUUGGAAGUUGAAAAGGAUUUUUUUAUAGUCAUCUGCAAGUAUAUUCACACUGUUCAUUUGAUGCAGAAGGCCUAAGGAUGGUGUGUCUAUGUUAGUGGUGUGUACUGAAUGAUGUACUAGCUCAAUGCAGAGCAUUUUUACACUAUUUAGUGAUUCUGCAGCUAGUGAUUACACUGACAAAAGUUUACACAUCACCUCAACAUAGAAGUGCCUCAGCAUAGGAUGUCGUGGUAAAAGAGCUCCUACUCUCUUGGGCCCUGUAAGAGAAACAGUUUUGUCAGCUUGGGAACAAAAUAAACCAGUUUUCUAUAAAUUACUCUUUAUGGUGAAUGUGCUAUACCAAAAAAAAGGAAACAUGAAUACUUUAAUAUCAUGAAAAGUUACAAAUGGCUUUAAUCUGUAAGAUAUGAGAGAGAAACCUUGAUGGCUGAAUAGGUUUUCUUAUAUAUAAUAAAACACAGCUCUUGGUGGAAGAUUUUCCUAUAAUUAGAGCAUUUACAAUGUCUUCUCUCUUUCUUUGAUGUCUUGUAAAAUAUAAACUCCUGCUGCAGCAUUGCCCAUCAUGAGCAUGCUAAUAAUGGCCCCUCUUCUCCAGUAGCCGAUUUUCAAAUAACUUUAUAUGAACAAAAUCAUUGAAAUCAUCAAUGAAAUAAAAAAUUAUGAAGGUUGGAUGAACAGUAGCCACACCUGUAACAUGAUUGCCUGAGCCUUAUUUUCUGAGGAUACUGAGAUGAAAAGUGUAUCGCAUUCUGACUCCUCCAGAAAUGAUGAAUGUGUGUAGUUGUAGAGGAUGCAAAUCCAUUUCUCACUACUGAAUUAUGAAUUCUGAAUGAAAGAAUUUUAGGAUCUUUUCCUGAUGGUUACUAUUUUGAAAACUCAUCCUGGUAAGGUAAAGCUUGAGAAUUAACAAUUUACUUUGCUGGCAGCUUUCCAUCCCUAGCCAUUGUUAGGAAUGCAUUAAAAAGACCUUUGAUUCAGCUUUCUUUCUACGCUGGCUGGAGAGGUUUUCAGUGAAGCUUGGUUGGGGAGGUGGAGUGUUGCUACGAAAAUAUUUUGAUUAAGAAAAUGUGUUAGUUCUGUUAAGAAAAGUAUUUUGUGUUUAGGCUAAAGUUUUUCAUCAGAACUGAAGACGAACGUGUGUUCUUCAUCCUCAAGUACUCAGCAUACCCAUGGGCUCAGCGUUCAAGCUGCUUACCUGGGUUGCGAGGAGCAGAGGCUCGUCCCCCUUCUUUGGAUUCAGAUCCGGGGCUUGAAUCUCAGUAUACCUAAAUAUAAGGAGACUAUAGGUUGAAAAGAUGAAAGGGGACUUCCUCUUUAAAGCUACGUAUUACUAAGUAAGGAGGAUUUCUGAUGGGCGGAGCUCUCCCUUGAGCAGGCUAGAUAAAGGCUUGCGGGAUUUACAGACCUCUCAGACUGCAAUCAGCAUGAACUGCAGCCUGUCAGACAGAGUGCUGCUCAGCUACGCGAUGGCUGGACAGCGGGACAGGUUGUGCCUUCAGUCUCUUUGGGACUUUGUCACAGCAAAGGAGCCAUUGAUCAAGUCACCUUUUUUUCCAGUGCUGUUUUCUUUUACAGCAUACAUGGCUUUCUGUCUUCCAUAUAUUGCACUGGACUUUUUAAGCACUGGACUACCAAACUUGAGAAAAUACAAAAUCCAGCCACAGAACUAUCCAACUCUUGGAAUGAUGGUGCCUUGCAUUAUUCAAAGUGCGUAUCACCAUGUUGUUUUGAUCUUCCCGGUGACGUUUCUCCACUGGUACUGGAGACCAAUGAAUCUACCAGUGAUAGCUCCAGAGCUGCCUGAGGUCCUGCUGGAAGUAGGAGUUUGCCUGCUUCUGUUUGAUUUUGAGUACUUCCUGUGGCAUUUGCUUCAUCACAAGGUGCCUUGGCUCUACAAGACUUUCCACAAGGUGCAUCACAAGCAUGUGUCAACGUUUGCUCUUACUACACAGUAUUCCAGUGUAUGGGAAUUGCUCUCACUGGGAUUUUUUGCUGCUAUCAACCCAGUGCUCCUCGGAUGCCAUCCUUUGACAGAAAUGACUUUCUUCCUUGUAAACAUUUGGUUGUCAGUGGAGGACCAUUCAGGAUAUGACCUUCCGUGGUCAACUCACCGACUUGUGCCUUUUGGUUUGUAUGGAGGAGCACCACAUCAUGAUCUCCAUCAUCUCAAAUUCAAAUCAAACUAUGCUCCUUACUUCACCCACUGGGACAAACUCUUUGGGACAUUCACAGAGUCGCAUUCUAAUUAAGGAUAUUUACCUGUGGACAAACUCUUAUUUUUUUAUAGACUAAACGGGGACAUUAAUUUUUCAAAGACAUGCGGAAGAUUGUAUAUUUGAAGCUGCCUGUAAAAGCAAUAGCUAUUUAUAACAAAUCCUCUUAAUAUAUGUGUAUUUGUAUGUAUACUUGGAACUGUCUAUGUUAAAUGACUGCAAAUGGGAGGGUAAAUAUCUGUUGCUUAAAUUUGUUUGAGUCAAAGGUGUAAGGGAAGCAUUAAGAGACAUUCUCUCUUCUUUCCUUCUUUCCAGCUUUCAUAAAGCAUGUAUUGUAUUACUGUAUGAUGUUUUAUACAUACGCCAGAACAACUAUCUUACUGUUGUAGGAUGAUUUAUGAUGUAAACAGAAAAGGUACACAUCAUGGAUUUUGUGGAGUUUAAUCUGCUAGAGCAUAUUAUUGCACAAUGAUGUUGUAAAAUAUUGCUGCCAAACAAAGCUAGUUGGCUAACUGUGCAAUAAUUUUGAUAUUUAUAUUUUAAACCUUGAUGUACUGUCUGUUUUUAAUAGAAAAUAAAUAUGGUCAUUCUUUUAAAAU